AUUAAAAGUUUCCAAGUCGGCCGAGCAGCUAAGCGUUUUUCUUGUUUAUUUCGGUGCUUUAAUUAAAAACAAUUUCUUCGGCCGCAAAAUGAUGGACGGCACGGAUGACUCAAAUCUGCUGAACAGUAGCUCGGAGAACAAUGGCGCCACGAUGGAAAUAGCCUCGCCCACAAAUCCUCUUGCAGUUCCUCCCACAUCCGGUGGCAACGUGAUAACUGGAGCAACAAAUGGCAGUGGGUCGGCAACUUCGCCGGACAGCUCGUCCUCUGCACCGGCCACGCCCGCCGUUCUGGGUGAAAAUGCCCUCCAUGUGGAGAUUUCCGAUGCGCUGAGCGAAAAGGAAAAGGUCAAAUUUACAGUCCAUACACGCACAACUCUGCCAGGAUUCGCAAAAAAGGAUAAUAAUGUGGUACGUCAGCACGAAGAGUUUGUCUGGCUGCACGACCGCAUCGAGGAGAACGAGGACUAUGCUGGCUAUAUUAUUCCGCCCUGUCCGCCUCGUCCGGAUUUCGAUGCCUCCCGAGAGAAACUACAGCGCUUGGGAGAAGGCGAGGGAAACAUGACCAAAGAGGAAUUCAAAAAGAUGAAGUCGGAGUUGGAAGCUGAGUACCUGGCCACUUUCAAGAAGACUGUGGCCAUGCACGAGGUUUUCCUGCGCCGGUUAGCCAGUCACCCGGUCUUUCGCGUUGAUCAGCACUUGAAGGUUUUUCUCGAAUACGACCAAGACCUAUGCGCCAAGCCGCGUAAGAAGAUGGCCAUUUUUGGCGGCUUCGUAAAGUCCUUGGGCAAGACCACGGACGAGAUCUUGCUGAGUGCUACGGUUCGUGAUGUAAACGACUUCUUUGAAAACGAAUUGCAGUUCCUGACCGAAUACCAUGGACACUUGCGCGAGGCAGCUGCGAGAACUGAGAAGAUGACACAACGCCACAAGGAUGUGGGUGACUCCCACCAAAAGAUUUCGAAUGCGCUGACACAACUCUCGACCACAGAAAAAGGAAACAUGGAGACAUUUGUUGCCAAAACGGCAGAGAUAUUUGAAAGAAUCAAGAAUCUGGAAACUCGUGUAGCUAGCGACCAGGAUCUCAAGCUGGGCGAUACCUUGCGAUACUACCAACGAGACAGUGAUGCUGCCAAGGCUCUGUUGAUCAGACGGCUGCGAUGUUUGGCUGCCUACGAGACGGCUAACCGGAAUCUGGAGAAGGCUCGCUCAAAGAACAAAGAUGUCCAUGCGCCUUUGGAGGUGCAAGAGGCCGAAGCCGCCCAAGCGGAGGCUUGCGAGAAGUUCGAGUCGAUGUCCGCUUGCGGAAAAGAAGAACUGAUUGGAUUCCGCAAUCGCCGAGUGGCUGCAUUCAAAAAAAGCCUUGUGGAACUCUCCGAACUGGAGAUCAAGCACGCCAAGACCCAAUACGAAUAUUUGCGUCAGUCGCUGCUGGCGCUUAAGGAAAUUGCCUGAGACGGGGAACCGGGGCCGGAAGAGGUGGAGGAACCGAAUGCAGACUAGCCAAACGCCCCGGGUGACGAGUUAAAUCAAUUGUUCUAAUUGCUAAGCAAACAGUUUAUUAUUGCACGGGUCGGAUCGAGUGCAACACCCAUUAUUUACCUUAGCCCACAUAUUGUAUUAACGAAUAUCCAUUUGUUUUGUGAACAGAGCGCUUUUAUAAUUGUAAAACAAGCAUUCCUCUCUAAAGCAUAAAACUAUACAAUUUUAUUGUAAACACUUGCAUUUGAAGCAGAAUAUAAACGAGAAAUAUUGUACAGUA